AUGCUUGGGCCCAGGCUGCUGCUGCUGCUGCUGCUGCCCUGCGGGGCAGCCCUGCGCAUAGCUGAUUCCCUGGCUGGAAAUGACACAGGCCCCAGCGCCCAGGACAGCCCACAGUCCUCCCCAGACAAGGGCUGGUGCUCCACAUGGGGCACCAGCCACUUCUCCACCUUUGACCACCAAGCCUAUGACUUCUCGGGGACCUGCAACUACAUCUUUGCGGCCAUCUGCAAGGAAACACCACCCGCCUUCAGUGUGCAGCUGAGGCGAGGGCUGGACGGAAGCAUCUCCCGGAUCAUUGUAGAGCUGGGGGCCUCCGCCAUCACUGUGGACAACGGCACCAUCUCUGUCAAGGACGUGGGGGUCGUCAGCCUGCCCUACACCAGCAACGGGCUUCGGAUCACACCCUAUGGCCAGAGCGUGCAGCUGGUAGCCAAGCAGCUAGAACUGGAGCUGGUGGUGCUGUGGGGCCCAGACCCCCACCUCAUGGUCCUGGUGGAGAGGAAGUACAUGGGCCAGAUGUGCGGGCUGUGUGGGGACUUCGAUGGGAAUGUGGACAACGACUUCAUGAGCGAAGAUGGCAAACUCCUGGAACCCCACAAGUUCGCUGCACUGCAGAAGCUUGAUGACCCCAAUGAGAUCUGUGCCUAUGAGGUCAUUCCCAGCAGCCCCACUCUGCGUGCCAAGGAUGCCCAGACCUGCGCCCAGCUGCUGGCCCUGGUGUCCCCCACCUGCGACGUGCCCAAGGAGCCCCUGGUGCAUAGCUGUCAGGCUGACCUGGCAACGUGCCGCCAGCCUAGGCAGCCCAACUGCAGCUGCGCCACACUGUCGGAGUUCUCACGCCGCUGCAGCCUGGUGGGCCAGCCUGUGAGCCGCUGGCGGAGCCCUAGUCUCUGCUCACUGGGCCCGUGCCCCGCCAGCCAGGAGUACCAAGAGUGUGGUGCAGCCUGCACCCGGACCUGCUCCAACCCCUGGCACAGCUGCCCCAGCUCCUGCACCUUCGGCUGUUUCUGCCCAGAGGGAAUGGUGCUUGACGACCUUUCCCUAAAUCACACGUGCGUGCCGCUCAGCCAGUGCCCCUGCAUGCUCAAUGGGGCAGUCUACAGCCCUGGCGAGGUCCGAGAAGCAGCCUGCCAGACCUGCCAGUGCACCACAGGCCGUUGGACAUGUACAGAGAAGCCAUGUCCUGGGACCUGUUCCUUGGAAGGUGGCUCCUUUGUCACCACGUUCGACACCAGGCCCUACCGCUUCCACGGCACCUGCACCUACAUCCUCCUCCAGAGCCCACAGCUCCCUGACGAGGGCACUCUCAUGGCGGUGUAUGAGAAGUCAGGCUACUCACACUCGGAGACCUCCCUGACUGCUGUCAUCUACCUGUCUCGGAAGGAUAAAAUCAUGAUCUCAGAGGACGAGGUGAUCACCAACCAUGGAGACACCAAGUGGCUGCCGUAUAAGACACGCAACAUCACCAUCUUCAGGCAGACAUCUACCCACCUCCAGAUGGCCACUGCCUUCGGGCUGCAGCUUGUGGUCCAGCUGCACCCCGUGUUCCAGGUGUACAUCACUGUUGGGCCGCAGUUCCAAGGCCAAACCAAAGGGCUCUGUGGCAACUUCAACGGGGACACCACUGAUGACUUCAUGACUAGCAUGGGCAUUGAUGAGGGCACCGCCACACUCUUCGUGGACUCCUGGAGGGCAGGGAACUGCCCAGCCGCCCUUGAGCGUGAGACUGACCCCUGCUCCAUGAGCCAGCUCAACAAGGUGUGUGCGGAGACACACUGCUCGGAGCUGGUGAGGACGAGCGGCCCAUUUGAGAAGUGCCACGCCACUGUGAACCCCACACCCUUCUACAAGAGGUGCGUGUACCAGGCCUGCAACUAUGAGGAGACCUUCCCCCACAUCUGCGCCGCCCUGGGCGCCUACGCGCAGGCCUGCGCCUCCCAGGGCGUCCCGCUCGCAGGCUGGAGGAGCAGUGUGGACAAUUGCACUGUCCCCUGCACCGGCAACCGCACAUUCAGCUACGACAGCAGGGCCUGCCGCCGCACAUGCCUAUCACUCUCUGACCCCGAGGCUGAGUGCCACGUCAGCGCCAUUCCCGUGGACGGCUGCAACUGCCCCGAGGGCACCUACCUGGAUCACAAGGGCGAGUGCGUGCGCAAGGCACAGUGCCCCUGCUUGCUGGAAAGCUCCAAGUUCCUUCCCGCGGACCAGUCCACCGUGAUUAACGGAGGCAUCUGCUACUGCGUCAACGGGCGGCUCAGCUGCUCUGGGCAGCCACAGAUGUUCCUGGCUUCCUGCCCAGCCCCCAAGAGGUUCCAGUCCUGCGACCAGUCAGCGGAGGACAAGUUCGGGGCCGCGUGCGCGCCCACCUGUCAGAUGCUGGCCACCGGCACCGCCUGUGUGCCCACCAAGUGCGAGCCCGGCUGCGUCUGCGCAAACGGGCUCUAUGAGAACCCCAGCGGGGAGUGUGUGCCUCCGGAGCAGUGUCCAUGCGACUUCGCGGGGGUCUCCUACCCGGGGGGUACUGAACUGCACACUGACUGUAAGACCUGCACCUGCUCGCAGGGGCGCUGGGCCUGCCGGCAGGGCGCCCACUGCCCAUCCACCUGCGUGCUCUAUGGAGAGGGCCAUGUGGUGACCUUUGACGGGCAGCGCUUCGUGUUUGAUGGCAACUGCGAGUACACCCUGGCCACGGAUGACUGUGGCACCAACAGCUCACAGCCCACCUUCAAGAUUCUGACAGAAAACGUGAUCUGCGGGAAGUCGGGAGUCACCUGCUCCCGUGCCAUCGAGACUGUCCUGGGUGGCCUGUCCAUCAUGAUGGCAAAUGGCAACUACACAGUCCAUGGCAAGGACCCCCGCGUGCACUUCCGGGUGCAGCCCAGCGCCCUGAGCCUGGUGCUAGACGCAGACAUUCCUGGGAAGCUCAACCUCACGCUCAUCUGGAACAAGCACAUGAGUGUUUCCAUCAAGAUACACCACUCCUCCCAGGAUGCCCUCUGUGGCUUGUGCGGCAAUGCCAAUGGGAACAUGAAGGACGACUUUGAGACACGCAGCAGGUACGUGGCAUCCAGUGAGCUGGAGUUUGUGAACUCCUGGAAGGAGAGCCCACUGUGUGGGGAUACACGUGCAGCAGUUGAGCCCUGCAGCCUCAACGCCUUCCGCCGUGCCUGGGCCGAACGCAAGUGCAGCAUCAUCAACAGCCAGACCUUCGCUGCCUGCCACAGCAAGGUGUACCACCUGCCCUACUACGAGGCCUGCGUGCGCGACACAUGUGGGUGUGACACGGGAGGAGACUGUGAGUGUCUGUGCGACGCAGUGGCUGCCUAUGCCAAGGCCUGCCUGGACAAAGGCGUGUGCGUGGACUGGAGGGCCCCUGACUUCUGCCCCAUCUACUGUGACUUCUACAACACACACCCACACGUGGGUGGCCAGGCCCAGCCCACUCAGGAGGACGACUGCCUGUGGCACUAUCGGCCCUGCCUUUGCCCCGGCAGCCUUCAGAACUUCGAGGGCACCAACAUUGAAGUGGCCAACAGCACCGACCGGCCCAGCCCCCUGCCCACACCCACAAGCACCCAGAUGCCGGGCCAACUGAGCACAGUCUCCACAGAGAGAUGGACAGCCUCGGCCUCCACUGCAUCCUCAGGAGGUAACGGGGGUGUGGGGCAGGGUCUGCUCAUUCCCAGUCACAGUGACAUCAACAGCCACAGGCCACACAGUUACGACAGCGACAACACAGCCCACGGUGUCAUCCGCCAGCCCCGCUACCACAUCCACAGCUCAGGCCACAGCACGGACGACAGUGACUGCACAGACCAUGACAAGGGAGACAACCCAUGGACAAGCCACAAGUGCCCACCAGGAAACGCCACACACAGUGCCCGCGACACAGACACCGAUGGCAGGACCGUCCGUUUCGGGAGCAACUACACUGGCCACGCAGCAGGCCAGCGAAAGCAGUGGCCGCCCGACAGCAUCAACCACGCCACCACCUUGCAGGUCACCACUCUUACCAGUAUGGCCCUUGUGUCUGGCGUAGUGUCCUCGACCUUGGGGACCACAUCUUCCCCCCACUCUCUGUCCACCAACCUCACCACUAGACAUCCUGCAGCCACCCAGCUGCCCACAUCUACAUUCCCGUCUAGCCCAUCUGCUUCCCACACCACCUCAGCCAGCACCCUGCAGGCUCAGUCCACUGUGAGGCCUUGGAUGUCCCCUCUGGUGACCUCUCCCACUGGCUCUGCAGGGGUCCACGCCUGGGUGGCGGGUGUCCUCUUAUUCACCAUCUGGGAUCCGCCCCACUGGCCUAACUGUCCUUUGGCCCCAGAGCCCUGCAGUGUGCGGGAGCGAGAGCAGGAGGUCACUCACCAGGGCUGCACCACAUCCGUGACCCUGACGUACUGCGAGGGGGCCUGCAGCUCGGCUGCCAGCUUCAAUGUCACCACCCAGCAGCUGGACGUCCACUGUGGCUGCUGCCGGCCCCUCAGCUUCCACAUGCAGGAGCUGCUGCUGCCCUGCCAGGACCCCAGCGCACCCAGCCAGCCGCUCGUGCUCACCGUUCAAGUGGUCCACAGCUGUGUGUGCGGGCGCCAGCGCUGUGGAGAGUAGAGGCGCGGGGUCACAGGUCAAGGGUCAAGGGUAGAUGCCCCUGCUCACACCCUCUGGUCCCCAUCCCAGUCCCAGGCCAAGACCUUGAGAUCCAGAGCAGAGGCUAGGAAGGGGGAUGGCUAGUCAGGCAGUGUGGGCACUGGUG